UCGUCUCUAGAAGUGUUCGAGCACUGGUGAUGAGCAGUCAUCCCGUCCCGUGGUCACUGUCGUUUUGUCUACCGUUUGUCGCUCAAUCGGUCGGUCGUCGUCGUCGCGUUGCUAUCUAUUUUCUUUUUCCGCUUGCAAUCGAAGUAGGCCUAAUUAGUAGUGUAUCCAGUUCCAGUUGAAGGACCAUAGUUUGAUUAACAGAUAAUUACGGCUGCUGCUGCAAUCCGCCUCGUCGGUUUUCGAUUCGAGACUUCGAACGUCAGUGUCCGUCGUGUAUGUGUGUGUUAGUGUUAGUGUUGGUGCGAGCAGCGCUUGUAACCUACUAUUUUGUACUGGUGGAUACCGGACUGCGGGGACAACACAACACAGGCUGUCUGUCUAAGAAAAGAACAUACUUUGUGUGUCAGGUGGAAUUUUCACCACGCUGAGUUCCCGAUUUUUUUUGUGUGUGAUCGCAGUAAGCGAGCGUUUUUGGGAUCGUCGGUGGCGGCGGAGAAAAGAAAAAGUAAAGAAAGAAAAAAAGCAACGAAGCAAAGAAUCAAUUCAAGUGGGCCGCGCCAUGAGAUGAUCAAGUGGUUGGCGGAUAGUUGCCGGAGCAAAAUGUUCCAAAAAGGAAAAUUUCCCAGCUCUUGAGUCGCCAACGCCUCCUUUGAUCCAAACGUAAGCAUUGUUGACUGUGUGUCAAAAGGAGGGCCCUCUCCAAACAGAGAGAUAGAAACCAGCAGGCAGGCAGGCAGGCAGGCAGCUUCAAACUAAAACGGCGAGCAACAUCAAGGGUGCACUCUUUGUGGAAGAGUGUCGUCUAUGAAGGUAUUGCUCGAAUAGAGGUGUCGAAAAGGGGGACGGGGGUGGUGCAAAGAUUACGUGGUGUGGUAGAAUAAACGACAGAAGAAAAAAAAAACGAUGAUGAUAACGACCGGAUUUUAGCGUGUCGAGUGGCCUGGGAACACAAUAGAAGAAGUGGAAAAGAACCGUGGCAACGAAAGGAGCAUCUCCUGGCGCAAGUGGUGUGAACAUGUCGCGGGAAAAUGCGUUCGCGUCGCUAAGUGGUGGAAAAGUAUUACUGCAAAUAAAAAUAUCUAUUAAAGUUUAGCCCUGUCGGAGUCCAAGAGGUAAGCCGAAAAAACAGAGAGAGAGGAGAGGAAAGUAAAAAGAAAAAGUCAGCCGAGAAAACGUGAAAAACAGCCAGCGUGUGUAAGUUUUUAUUUAGCAUACAGCGAGAGAGAGUGAGAAAAAAAAACCGAAAAUGUGUCAAGACCUGACGACCAGCCUCUAGGCAGCCGAGCUACUGCUGCUGCUGCUGGCCGGCGGGAAAAGUGGAAUGAAAAGUGAAAAAAAUAAUGUUUGGAUUAUAUAACUAAAAUAGAAAAUCCAUCAGCGCUGUCAGUUGCGCUUGGACUGUCUCGCAGCGGCGGCUGGUUUUUCGUUUUUUUUUCACCGUUCGUGCGUGUGUGUUUGUUAAAGUGUCAAGGAAGCAAGCGGUUGCUUGGUUACUACAGUGGAAUUCGUCAGCCAGAGAACGUGCUCGGCUCAGCCGGCAACACGGUCACUGAGAAUGUGCGAAGAUUAAGCUGUAUUUUUUCACAUUUUCAUCGUUCCCCGCGCCCAGCUUUUGCGGCAUUCCGAAGAAAUCUUCGUCGUCGUACUCGUCAUUGCCUGCUUUGAUUGCUUUACUUGGCCAACGGGACAAACGUCCAGCAAAUAGCACCCCUCCCCAGGCCAGGACAAGGUGUUAAAAUCAGGACAAAUUUCAAUCUAAUCGUGCCGCAGGGUCGAACCGAAUGCCGUCGCCGAGUUCAGGUGAAAAGAAGCGAACCAGAAAGAAACACUUUCGGAUGUGAACACACAAACGAGCGUGAUAGUGAGUAAAAAUAAAAAAACGCUGCCACCGCCCGACUGGAUCAGGUUUGAAGAAGAACUUGGUAGCAACAAGACAACAACGUACACAAACACGACAGAUUAGCGUAGCUUCUGAGAAAAGAGGUGGCCCAAAGCGGCGGCGGUGGGGACAAUCCGAGGGAGGCUAAGAGACAUGAGUCUCCGAGGAUUUAUAGCAGUGCUUCUAGUCGGAAUCAACGUACUCGUAGCUGGAGCGUCGCUUCUGUUUGGACUGCUGGUCACAAUCCCCCGGCCUGUGGUUGGUGGUGAGGCGACAACAGUUGGCCUUGCGGGUGCAAAUCAAAACGAACAUUCAACGCUGGAACCACCGCAGCUCGGACUGCUGCAAUCAGCGGUGGUGGCUGCGCCACCUACUACAGCAACGGAACCCACACCGAAUGCGGCCGCCGAUAUUAUCAACAUCGAACGGGAUGGUCAGGUCAGUUUUAUCCCACGAAAAGACAUUCGCCCUCAGCGGGCCGUCCCUCCGGAGUACGCUGGACCGUCGGCUUUACCCCACUGUGAACCGUUCAUAAUGGGCAAUCCGGAUUUGAAGCUGCUGUACAGCCCGGGACAUCCGGGUAAUUAUCCAAAUAAUAGCGACUGCGUUGUAGUUCUGGAAGCUCAAGUCGGAUCGCUGGUGCGGCUAGACUUUCGGGAUCAUUUCCACAUCGAACCGUCGGACGAUUGUAAAUAUGACUACCUUGAGGUUCGCGACGGCGCCCACGGUUUUUCGACGCUACUCGGCAAGUACUGCGGUACGACGUACCCGCCGAUGAUCACCUCCAAGGAUCGGUUCCUCUGGUUGCACUUCCACUCGGACGAGAACAUCGAGUACAGCGGUUUCGUCGUCAUCUACGACUUCGUGCCAAGGCCAACGUCAUCCAUCUACGAUGACGAGGGUUGCCGCAUCGAGGUGUCCGGCAUGGAGGGCUUCGUAAACCGGACGGACGUACCCCGGGAAAAGCAGCAGACCGUCGUCGAGCACAGCCUGUCCCUGGACUGCAUGUGGGUGAUAACCGUCUCCGACGGGUGGAAGAUUCAGCUAUCCUUUAUCUUAUUCAAGCUGGAAAGGCCAAACGAUUGCGAGAGUAAUUUCGUCGACGUGUUUACCGAACGGACCGACCUGCCGUCAAGACUGAAAAAUUUCUGCGGCUCGAUUGCCGAUUCGGUGGUGUCCAAGUCGAACGUGCUGCAUAUCCGCUUCUUCGCCGAGGCCGCUGCCAUCAAUUCCACCUUCUCGAUACUGUUCACCGCAUUUAGGGAGAAGCCCGUCACCGAAAACUGCGACGAAGACGAGUACGACUGCGAGGACGCCACCUGCAUUUCGGGCGAUCUACGCUGCAACGGACGAAUCAACUGUCGAUUCCGGUGGGACGAAGACGAGUGUCAGAAACAUGGUCACUCUCAAUCGGAACACGUGACAAUCAUUAUGGUGGUCUUUGGUCUCAUCUUCGGCGGUAUGGUGAUCGCCUUCGUGAUCAAGAUCGUACGGAAGGUCAUCCGCGAUCAUAAGAUUAUCCGGGAGCACAUCCGGCAGUCGCGGGAAAGCAAACUGAACGAACUGGGUCGGCAUUCGACCAAAAAGCCGGUCGAUUUGGAUAUUACAAAGUUUCCACCGCCGGCGUUCGAUAAGGAACCGAUCAACGUACUGGAGAAUGCGGCUAAUAGCUACUAUCGGGAGGUGCUGUCUCCCUCGCUGGUGGGCGGCAGUGGGGGUGGUAGUGGUGGUAGCGGCGGAGGAGGAAGUGGCCACAUGGCAGGUUCCGCUGGAAUUGGUAGUCAUAUGUUUAGCAGUAGUAGUAGGAUAGAUAUGAAAAAUGAUCCCAGCCGCAGUCAGGAGAUACAGGACAUUCUGCGGAGCAGCUAUCACGACGAUCCGCUGAGGGUUGCGAUGGGUCUGAAGGAUGCGGGGAUGUGCGAUAUGGCCUGCCAGACGAGGGAAUCGCUCUUCCAGCCGGUAUUUAAAAACAAGGUGACUCAAUCGCCGAACCCGAACAGUAUACGAUUUUCGACGUUCGGGUACGAAACGGGGGUCCCGCAGGGACAGCUGCCCCCGGCACAGCUGCCAUCGGUGACGCCUCCGCCGCCGAAGGUGAAACAUCAUCAUCAUCAUCAUCACCACCAUCACGACGGUGGAGAGCGAGGUCGCACGCUCGAACGCGGCAACAAGUUCGAAAUGCAGGAUCUCAGCGGAACCGGACUCGCAGUUUCGACCGGUGUCGGCACCACCGGUGGUGAUGAUGAGCCGGAACGAGAUCUCACCGGUGGAGGUACCGGUCAUCAUUCGCAUCAUCACCAUCAUCAUCAUGGUCACGGUGGUCAAUCCCAGCAGCAGAAGAUUGUACUGGAACGGGAUCUGGAGCAGUCGAUUCCGGCGAACAGCUGCAUCCGAAAGUCCGCACCGGAUGUUAUAAUCAUGACUUCAUCGCAUUGACCCCCCGCGCCGUCCUGGUCUGCCGUGUCGUCGUCGUUGUCAUCGUGCUCCUCCUCCUCGGCGGCGGCUCCUGGAACGGAAGCGAUGGGAAGGGGGAGGAAACGAUGGGGAUUGUGGUUUGGGAAGUGAUAGCUUUUACGGUUUUCGGGUUCAAGCGAAACCGGACAGGGGUGCCGCCGAAUGAGAAAUGGUUUCGGUUCGAAAGUUUUUGUUUACGGUAGUGUUGUUUUAGGACGGGAAACAGAGGAGCGCAACCGUAUCCGGCUGGUAGGGUAGAGAGUGUAGUUGACCAAUUUAGCACAUUUACGUCGGGCGGUUACGAGCUACCCCGGGGGAGGGGGAAUGGGGUGUGAGAUGCCGGACGAAGCUUGUAGUGACAGCUGAGAAGGGUUGGGAAACUAACCGACUUGUAAAUAGGAAAAUUAGUAACUUUAAGCUUGAUUUGUUGCAUGUUUGGUCAUCCUUGUUUCGGAAGAUUUGCAGCUGGGAAAUGGUCAGUGACUGGCCAUAAAUAAGGGGGAGAAGGACUUUUCAAACAAGUAGGAAAAGUUUGGAUUAAUAGACAUGAAUUUUCAUUGGCUCUUAGUUGGGUAGUUUAUUUACGGUAGCUUGAUUCCUGGGGGGAAAUAAUCGGUGUUGAGUUUGACAAAUAAUCUGAACUUUUCGAAUAUGUUGUAAAAAUUCAUUUUUUUUUGUUUCGAGUUUGUUCUCCCCUGAUGGCGAACAUCAGCUGCAUCAAUUGAUUUGGUAAACUUUCACAGAAAUUAUCUUUGAUAUGACCAACACACAUACACAGGAAAAAAAAAAACACGAGGUAAGCGACAAACAAUUUGAUUGAACUGCACAAUAUGGUAGAUAAAUUGAACGCGAUAACGAAAAGCCGCCGUUUAAAUUUAAUUGCCGAUCUCUUUGUGAUGAUUGUUGAUAGUAAUCAACAAAGCACAGACCUAAACGAAUCGUUUACUACUGAAUUGUUUUUCUUUUUGCUUUGCACAAAAAGUCUGUUUUCAACAGGAAAAUUUUGACGGGUCCGGUCAGCCUGACACCAGCCUACUGAGUUGAAAAUCACUACAGUCGUGAUUCGCUAGUUGGACCAUUACCUUUGUCCAAAUAACGAAUUAAGUUCUCUGAUUGGGACGAGUAAUAGAUGUCAAAAGCUGCCAAAGGAGAUGCUAAUUGUGUAGAAUGCAUCUGUUCACAUCUUAAACUAUCGCGUGUUUGUUAUGCGGUUUUUUCUUCAAACAAAACUGAGUUAGAUUCUAACCUCAAUUACUGUCAAAAUAUAUGAACUUACAGCAGUUGGGGUCGGAAGCCGACUCAGUUUCGGGAUCGAAAUGAAACAAUGGUCCAGAUGAAAACACAAUCAAAAAAAUAUCCAACCAACAAAUCACGAUCGUAACCGACCGGACCGCUGUCAUUUUUUCCCCUCCAUCAACGUCAUGACAUACUUUGGCCGAACUCAAUCCGUGCACUGAACCAAAACAAUUUAGUUCGACGGUCGAAAAUACACAACUAAAUUAGCACACUGCCUCCUGCGCUAACAGAUACCACAGGACUCCAAUCCCGUGGAACUGUGGUCUGUGCGAUGAGAGCACUCUGUUGUUUGUUUUAAAUCCCUCGAAUGGAAAAGUUAAUCUUUCUGUUUCAUUCUUACCCACCCACCCACUUACGCGAAUAGGAAUUAAUUUGUAUAUAAUUGUUACCCACGCUCUUUCCUUCCUAUCUUUUUGCGAGCGUGAAAUUAGCAAACGUUUAGCCGAACACGAAGAGAAGCCCUCUUACGCUCUGAUAGUGAAACUGUAGUUGAAUUUGUUCAUGUUAUCGAUGAAGAAAAAAAAAUUUGGGAAGAAAAUUUGCAUUUGUUUUGUUGUCGUAUAUGUAUAGUAGUUCCAAUUUCGAAACAUAACCUGGAAUAGUAAAUGCCCGAGAAGCAAAAUCGUUCGUAUCUGAGGUCGUGUUUGUUUGGUAGAAGGUACAUACCAAACCGACCAGUUUUAGCUAGUUUUUUCUGUUCGCUGGGAAAAUGUUCUUGUUAUCGAGCGUGCAUGAUAAGAUACAAUUUGUGAUUAACAAAAUUCAAUUGAUUGUUUAUGUUGUUGCCGUAAAUGAAAUUAACCGCAGUCGUAAUUCGCCGGUUGGAACAACUAACAGAUGUCAAAAACUGUGUCUAAAAGGGAUGGUAAUAGUGUAUAGUAAAUCAGUUAACAUCUUUAACUAGUCCAACCAGCGAAUCACGACUGUAUCUCCAUCCGAGUAAAAAAUUGUAAAUCGGGGACCAAAGCCCAGCAACAAAGAACAAAAUCAAACAAAACAAGUCCCUUCCGCGCCCACUGGCAAUCACAGGACACUAAGAUGCAAAAGCAAACGCAUUCAAUCAAAACGGUUAGAAGGAAGUGAUGAUACGAAAUCAUACGAAGUUCGUUGCCAAAUCACAAACAAACACUCUCACAUUAACACACAGUCACAAUCACAAACAUAGUAAAAAGACAUGUUAUUUCGAAGGACAUGCGAGCGAGACGUUUGAAAUUUCGUGAACGAAGAUUUAAACCCUGUAACCCCAUGACAUUUGUACAGAUUUUAAACGUAACAUAAAUCAAAAAACACGAUCGAAAUGGCCCGGAUGCAUCCGUAACGGAAUCGUUGAAGUUUAGGAACGGUAAGCGACGGUUAAGGUAAAUAAGACACAAUGGAAAAAAAUCAUGUAAAUUUUUACUGCUAAAUAUUUAAUAAUAAAAAAAAUGAUUGCG